AUGGCACCUAGACUUCCUCCUCCUCCUCCACCACAAACCAAUGAACAUGAUGUGCCCAAUAACACGAGGCUGUUGGAAUCUGUGAUCGAGAAGCUACAAGAACAUAAUGCUGUUCUGAUGCAGCAGAACGCGACUAAUUCACAAAAUCUCGAAGCUGCUCGCGCCAAUUCUGAAAUGACUCAGAGGCAACUAAUGGAAAUUCUUGCAGCUACUAGGGGUACGCCGGGAGCAUCUGCUUCAAAUGCUACUCAUCAAGCUGAGUGGACUUUGGAGAGCUUUUUGCAGCAUCGCCCUACAAAGUUUGAUGGGAAGUGCCCUCCUGACGGAGCUGAUCAGUGGAUAAGGGACAUGGAACAGAUCUAUGAUGCCAAGGAAUGUCCGAACGAUAGAAGACUGGCAUUCACUGAGUAUUUAUUGACUGGGGAGGCCAGUCAUUGGUGGUCGACUGCGAAGAUGUUGCUAACAGAAUCUCACAGCCCUAUUUCCUGGAAAGUCUUCAAGGAAAAGUUUUAUGAGGAGUAUUUCCCGGAUAGUGUUCGUUUCGGCAAAGAAGUGGAAUUUCUCCAGUUGGUGCAAGGUAAUAUGUCUGUUUCUGAGUACACCAACAGGUUCAAACAUCUGGUUCGUUUUCAUACCCUGGCGACCAGUGAAGUGUGGCAGUGUAGGAAGUUUGAAAAUGGGCUGAGAAGUGAUCUGAAGGUACUGAUAUCCAGCCUGUGCAUUAAGUCUUUUCCUGCCAUGAUUGAGAGAGCAAAAGUGUUAGAGAAAAAUGUGGCUGAAGCAGAACGACAGAAAAAGCAACAACAGGCAACUAGAGGGCCGAUCAUGUCCAGGCCGAAUCUGAAUCGGAACAGGUUGCCGUAUGCUCGUCCAGCACAACCAUCAAAUUCUCAGGCUAUGGUUGUUGCCGGACAGUCUAGACAGCAUGGAUCAGUCAGAUGUUUUAAGUGUGGAGGACCACACUACCGAUCGUCGUGUCCUCUGUUGGAGGGAGCAAAAUACUACACUCGUUGUAGAAGAAACGGUCACAUGGAGCACGAGUGUAAUAUGGGCGGACGAGCAGUAAUGAGGUCACCAAAUGCCGGAAGGAUGCAACAGAAUCGGGGUGGAAGAGCACAAGCAGUUGGUCGUGUUUAUGCGAUAACGGGUGCGGAAGCUGCCAGUUCAGGUACGCUCGUCACUGGUACUUGCUUAUUACAUGGAAUGCCUGUUUGUGUGUUGUAUGAUUCGGGGGCAACACAUUCCUUCAUUUCGACUUGGUAG